AUCGUCAGUUGUGUGCAGUUACGUGGAUACCUCUGCUAUUGCCUCAUCAUAAUUGCAUGCAGUUAUCCCAUUUCCACUACGACGCCUGUCGUCUUCUCCCACUAUUUCACUGCCCAACGCAUCCUCCAUCCUUUAUCUCUGUAUUCUCAGCAAACAAAUAUCAAAUAUUUGGUCUCUUCUCAAAUUGGUACUUUAUCAUGAUAUUUUUCAAGUAGAACUGCUCUGUAAUUGUUGAUUCAGUCGUUUUUGAGUAGGAUGGAAGAUCAAAUUGUGGAGUGGAGGAUUGUGGAGCAUACUUCGUUAAAAGAUGAGGAGGAAGAAGAUGAGGAAGAUGAUGAGGACGAGGGGAAAUUGAAAGAGAGUAAUAUAAGAUGGAUUGUGAACAAAGGAUUGGGGUUGGGGAAGAAGGUUAUGAUUACAGGUAUUGUAAUCUCUUCUGCUCCAGUGGUUCUUCCUCCGCUUAUUGUUAUUUCUGCUCUCGGAUUUGCAUCUUCGGUUCCUUUUGGUCUUGCUUUUGCUAGUUAUACUUGUAUUGAGAAGCUUAUGAAUACGUUGCUUCCGAGGUCAGAGCCACCUCUACUGUUGGAGUAUGGGGAUAUGUAUGAAGAUGAUGAACAAGUAGGAGGGAAAGGUCCUGGUUUUGGUGGAGAAAUGAGGAUGGAAGAGGAGGAAAAGAAAGAAAUGGAGGAUGUAAAAGAAGGGGUUCAAAUGAGAAUUGAGUUGGAGAGCGGUGGAUACGAGGGAGGACAGACUCCUGUUGAAGAUGAAGAUGUUGGCAGAGCGGAGAAAGAAAGAGAGAUAAAUGUAGAUGAGAAUGUUAAAGAAGAAGGAUACGAAGAAGAUGUGGGUGAAUACUUGGAAGGAGAGAAUGAGGGACCAUUGAAGGAGGAGAAUUUAGAAACCGAACGAGCUAGAGAAGCAGAAAAUUGGGAAUUUGAUGAAAAGAUUAAGGUAACUGAGGGUUUGGAUCUGGUCGCCAAAGAAGCCAGGGGAGAAAAUGAGGGCGAAAAAGACCUUACUUUAACACCAGGUCUGCCAGAUAAGAAUUUUGUUGAAGUAUAUGUAGGUGAUGGAGUGAAGGAAGAUUCAUUAGGGAGUUCAGGUGUACUUGAGGGAAAUGAGGAUAGAAAGGUUACGCGUCCUGAAAUCAUAGAGAAGCCAUUGGUAAGCAAGGAUGAGAGGGUAGAUAGUCUUGUGAGAGAGCUUCAAGGAACAAAAACUGGAGGAGGACCUGAGGUUACUUCGGAAGAAAACGUGAUAAUAGAAGUAACAAGGAAACCAAAUGUCAGCAAAAGCUCAAAGAAACACCACAAAAAGAAGAAAGCAAGUGAAAGUAAAGAUGUUGCAAUAUCAGAGAAAGGGGAGGGGUUGAGCAACAAGCAGCAGGAGGACACUGAUGUGAAAAUCAUAGGGAAAAAGGAAGAGGUAAAGGAUGAAGUUAAGGUGGAGCAUGACGAGAAGCAUUUACGGGUGAAAAGGGAGACCAAAGAAGGAAGAGACGAGGUCAACCAAAGUGGUGUUUCCAAGAAGGCCAAGAAAGUUGCUGAGAUGGACAGAACACUGCCCGGAAGCAGAGAUGCAGGAAUUAGCAAGGAUGGUGGGCAAGCUGCGAACUCGACCAAGGAUCCUAAAGGAGCAUCCAAUGGCAAGCAUGUUGCAAAAGAUGCUUUGCGUCCACUGGAAGGCAAGGAUAACCUGGUAGCUGCAAAAGAGGUUCAAAGGAAGGCACCUGAUGACCGCGGGAACCUUCCGUCUGAAAGAAAAGGGAACACUGAUCGAAAGGAAAAUGCCUAUGCCGGUGGUGUUGAUCAGAUUUCUGGAAGAGCAGGGAUUCCAGAGGCCAAACCUGUCAAGGAGUCCUUCAGUGAGGAGAAGAUAUGGGAGAAGAUGAACGCAAUGAGAACAAUUGUGGGAUACACAGCAGCCACCCAACCUUUGUUGGUCGAUGAACUUAAGGCACUGUACAUCUUUACUGGAGUUGAGCCUCCAUCUAUGUUCAGUAACCCGUCCACUUUGGAAGAAGUGAAUGACAAGCUUCAGUUUCUUAUGUCGAUUGUGGGAAUAAAGUGAAGUGUUAGUACUUUGUUUGGUCUGUAUUUUCUUGUUGUCUCCUUUUGUGUUGUUUGUCAAAUUUUAGCUUGAUACUGGAUUUGUGUAUGCUUAUGCUAGAAAUUGCAAGUUUUGUUGUAAAAUCACAGGUUGAAUGUUUCACAGAGUUUGAAGCCCUUUUGGGAAAAAAAUACUCCUAUGCUUAAAAGUCGCUCUAUGUUGAUGGACGUUGGUUCUGUU